CAGUAACAGAUCCCAUGAACAAGCAGUCUGCUUGCAUCAGAGGGUGAAGUGUAAUGUGUAGAAACUAAAAAUAGAAACACAUUUCAAAUAAUUCACCAAAAUGCCUAAAUCUUUUCUUGUGAAAAAGAAACAUGGUACAUGUGGAGCCUGGCAGUGGAAGGAACCAGAAAAUUACGAAUGGAAAGAAGACAACCCAGUGGAGAGUGAAAGCAUCACGGAGAAGAUAUUGUUCAGUGCAGAAAGCCAGCAGCCUCCCCAUGCGCCUCAGCCAACAGGCAUUUCAGAACGUGGAGCAGCAACAGUUAAAGCUCCAGAACCUUUGAGCAGAUCAGAAGUACCUGGGUCGGACAUCAGGCCAGGCUGGUCCAAAAUAGGCUCUUUCUAUCUUCCGGCUACAAUGGCAAUCGUCAGCAGAGCAAAGCCUCGUCCUCGGACUUCCCCUGUGUCUGGUGACUUUGGGUGCUCAGUGUGCCACAAGAUCUUCCCCCUGCAGCGCAUGCUGACCCGACACCUUAAGUGCCACAGCCUGGUGAAAAGACAUCCUUGUCGAUUUUGUGGCAAAGGAUUCAACGACACUUUUGACUUGAAGAGGCACAUGCGAACACACACUGGUAUUCGUCCCUACAAAUGUGAGCUGUGUGAGAAAGCUUUCACACAGCGUUGCUCUCUGGAGUCCCACAUGAGGAAGAUUCAUGGUGUUCACCAGCAGUAUGCCUACCGUCAGAGACGGUCUAAAAUCUUUGUGUGUGAGGACUGCGGCUAUACCUCGUGUCGGCCUGACGAGUACUUCCUUCAUGUGAGACAGCAUCACCCUAGUAGUCCUGCCCUUCGCAGAUACUAUCGGCGCCAGGCGCAUGAGAACAGCAGCUUUGCAUCGGCAGAUCCUAAACUUAACCCCUAUCUGUUGUACUCAACCCCUGCAUACUACAUGUAG